CUCUCUGCCUAGUAUCCGACCGAUUGCACAGAAUUGUUAUUUCUUGUCGGAACAGAAACACGGUCGGACGAACUGUGUGGCCGCUACUAACUCCGUCCUCGUAUUCGCGAACCGAACGCGCUCGAACGGGAACAGCUCUUAUUGCCGAACAAAGGCAUCGAUGGAUGGUACUAGAGACGACAGGAUCACGCGUUACGUUUCACCGCGAUGAUCGAAACCCAGACGUUCGUCAGUCCCGAACAAGAAGACAUGACAGCACCGUAUUCACACUCUCUGUCACACACGGCAGUCCCCUGGCGACGUUCGCCUGGCCUGCCUCCUUCUUCCUGUCUUUCCUCUGCCCCUCACUUCUUCUCUAGCUCUCUGACGUGCGUGACGCCAUCUUAUCGCGGUUUGGAUUUUCUUCGAACCUCCUGGCACUCAGCAUCGAGUACUGGUCUCUCUCUAUCUUCGCUUCGGCCUUACUACCAGUUUAUACGCCUGGCCAGUAUACACGUUAUAUACAUAUCGGCGGCCCCGACACUUAUCUCGACCGAGCCAAAAUCCCCCGUCUGUACCCUAAGUCACGUUUCCAACAUUUCCCGGCCCUUUAACUCAUUUCGAUACGAGCCUGCCAUUGGUGAAUACCGACCGAGACGAAAUUCGUUGGACGAAUAGUGGCGCCGCCCGAGGAGACUGACAUCCGCUCUUUCUUUCUAUAGAAAACCGUGCCCGAGGAAAAUAGUAAGAGAGGAAUCACGGAAACUCCCUUUACCGGAUGCAAGUGUCAUUCUCUUAUCUUCCAGACAGCACUAUCCACGACCUCGACGCUCCCAAGCGUUCAGUAAAAAAUGAAUACACCGUAUCCUGCAACACAACCACCACCGCCGCCGUAUUCGCCAAUGCAACCGAUUAUAACGGCACCGCCGGCCGGUGGUUUCCCGAUGCCACAAGACAGUUUACCGUUGUUACACCGAGGUGGCUGGUUACCGCCGAGUACGACUUGUCCACCCGGCUUGGAAUACCUUAUGGCCCUUGACCAUCUUUUCGUCCAGCAGAAAAUCGAACUAAUCGAAGCGUUCAUCGGAUUUGAGACGAAAAACAAGUACAGCGUGGUGAACAUCCGAGGGGAGCCGGUCUUUUACGUCGCCGAACAAUCCGGAAUAUGCUCUCGUUUGUGUUUCGGCUCGCAUCGCAGCUGUGAGUUCCAAGUGAUCGACUCUGGCAGAAGGGAAAUCCUUCGAAUGGUUCGACCCUGCAGGUGCGAAAGCUGCUGCUGUCCUUGCUGUUUGCAGGAGCUAGAGGUGUAUUCUGGGGAUACAUUGCUUGGCUCAGUGGCCCAAGACUGGAGUCUCUGGCGAACUUCAUUUUCCAUUCGCAACGCAUCCGGAGAAACUGUGUUAAUUAUAAAAGGACCGUGGUUUCGGUUUUGCAUAGACGUAUCAUUCAAGGUCAAAUCAGUGGACGGCCAACACAGAGUCGGGGUUAUUAAAAAAGAGUGGGCCGGAUUCGGUAGAGAAAUUUUCACGACUGCUGACAAUUUUGGUAUAUCUUUCCCGGUGGACUUGGAUGUUAAAAUCAAAGCUGUUCUGCUCGGUGCCUGCCUAUUAAUCGACUUCAUGUACUUCGAACGAAAUCCCAGGGAUAUUUAAUAGAAUCCUAUGGAUUGUACCAUUUAAACUGUUUGCUAUUAAUGUGUAUAUAAUGUGAAUGCAAAAUGGCGUCACGUUUCUUUAC